ACGAACAGAGCAUCGAUUAUGUCGCCAAAGGCAAAUGCCAAAUAGAGCAUUGAUUCGUUUGUUUUUCUAUUAAUUUUGUUAAUAAUAACGUGAAUUCGAUCGCAAAUUUCUAUAUUAGAAUCACAAAUUUAUAUCUUCCCGCCGGUUUCUCAUCUCUCCUCACUGACGAACCGAUUCUCGAUCCUUCCUUCACUCAUCCAAGGCUAGAAAUGUCCGACGAAGAAUCCUGCAGUACUGGGCCGGCCGCCAUGGAAUUUCAGCCACGGAAUUCUCCUGGCGGUUACAAUGUGAAUACUGCGGUUUAUCAUUCUCUCAUUCACUUUGAUGAAGCUCCUGUAAUCUCCACCAGGUCAGAUCUCGACACAGCUACUUACGUCUUAUCGCAGUUUCCGACGGCCGAAUCGCGAGUUGCUCUCAUUGACUCAGUCACGAGUUUGCGAGUUACUUAUGGACAACUCAGUGUUUCGAUUCGCUCCCUCGCUUGUGGACUUUAUCACGCACUGGGAGUUCGAAAAGGCGAUGUGGUGUUCGUUUUAUCGGCGAAUUGUGUUCUGUAUCCGGUUAUCUGUUUGGCUGUGUUGUCGAUUGGUGCGGUGAUAACGACAGCUAAUCCGAUUAAUACCGCGUCGGAAAUCGGAAAGCAAGUGCGUGAUUCUGGUGCGAAACUAGCUGUUUCGGCACCGGAGGAGCUUCAGAAAUUGAGUCCAACUGGAAUUCCGACGAUUCUAACUACUCGGUCUUCCUUCAGCGACGCUUUAUCAGUGGAAGAGUUGAUUGAAUCUUGUAGCGAAUCGUCUGAGCCAUUGCCAAAAACAGAAGUAACUCAGUCGGAUACCGCGGCGAUCUUAUACUCGUCAGGAACAACAGGGACGAGUAAAGGAGUAGUUCUAACUCAUUCAAAUCUCAUCUCUGUAAUCGAACUUCUGACCUGGUGCGUCGACUCGACUUCCUCUCAACACGACGUGUUUUUAUGCUUCAUUCCGAUGUUUCACAUCUACGGCCUCGUCUUCUUCGGGCUCGGACUGUUCUGCAGAGGAAUCACCACAGUUUUGAUGCAGAGAUUCAACUUCCAGUCCAUGAUCGACGCAAUUGAAAAGUACAAAAUCAAUAACAUACCGGCAGUACCUCCAGUGAUUCUAGGACUAGUGAAAUCGGGCGGUGGUUCGGACUUCUCAUCACUAAGACGAGUCGGAUCUGGAGCUGCACCACUUGGAAAAGAUGUAGAAGAAGCUUUCCGAGAGAAAUUUCCAUGGGUGGAGCUUCGUCCAGGAUAUGGAUUAACAGAGAGUACCGGUGCAGCGACAUGGAUGAUCACAGACAAGGACGCUAAAGCUCAUCCAGGUUCAUGUGGAAUGUUGAUGCCGAGCUUUUAUGGAAAGAUUGUGGACGUUGAAACCGGAGAAGGACUGCCGCCGAUGAAGAAAGGGGAGUUGUGGUUGAAGAGUCCGACGAUAAUGAAAGAAUAUCUUGGAAACAGGGAAGCAACAGAAGCCACCCUUGAUGAAGAAGGAUGGUUGAAAACUGGAGAUCUCGGAUACAUAGAUGAAGAUGGCUUCCUUUACAUUGUUGAUCGAAUCAAAGAACUCAUCAAACACAAUGGAUAUCAGGUUGCUCCAGCAGAACUUGAAACCAUCCUGUUGAGCCAUACAGAAAUUUUGGAUGCUGCCGUUAUACCAAUAGAGGAUGAAGCCGCGGGGCAGAUUCCGGUGGCUUGUGUGGUGAAAGCGCCCAGUUGUGAACUCACCGAGCAACAAGUCAUUCAAUUUGUGGCUUCUCAGGUGGCACCUUACAAGAAGGUAAAAGGAGUGAGAUUUAUUAGUGCAAUUCCAAGGUCCCUUGCUGGCAAAAUAUUGAGGAAGGAUCUUGUCUCUCAAUUCAAACAACAACAACAAAUUUUCUCCAAACUCUAAAACAAAUUAUUAUUAUUAUUAUUAUUA